UGGUGGAGACUGGCUCCUAGCAAGUCCCAGUUGUGGGUAAAGUCUUCAAAUUGCUUGCUUCAAGCUAAAAACGUUGAUUUUUAUUCCAUCUGCCUGUAUUGUAAGUAGCCUGGAAUGAGUGAGAGAUCGUGUGAAUAAGUAUAUAUAUGAGAGCUGUGUCUAGGUCAUCAGACGGGACUAGCUACAGUGAGCCUGCCUGCCUGCCUGCACAGGGGAGGAGGGAAUAUCUUUACGAAUCUCUGUCUUCUCACUUUCAUUGUCUUGGGCGUUGCUAACAGUCGGCAGGAGUUUUUCUCAUCGCCACUGGCUGGCAGUGUGUAUGAGCACCUCAUUAUGCCAGCAAGGAAGCUUUUACUUACAUCCUCCAGCACUUUCCAGUUUGCUUCUCAUUAACAGACGACAUUUACCGAUUUAGCCAGCAAUUGAGUUCAGAACAGCCCGGCUGGGAUUUGCUUUUGUGUUCAUGUUGGACGUGACAUUAUUGUGAGCUUUUGUCCGCUUCUCCCUUCAACAAAUGACACAUAAAAGUUGGACAGAUUUGGCCCUAGUGUUUUUCCUGUGUUGCAAGUUGAAUGUACAAGGCACAGAUGUGAGAAAAUUUCACAGAUGAGAAUUAUGUGACAUUGCUGACGUCCACCACUUAACUGUUGUCGUGGAUGUACUAUGAAAGACUUUUGGAAAUCAUUUCAUUGAAAUUUUGACAAAGAUUUUCAUGACUCAUCCUGCAGGAUCCAGUUAAUUAAUCUGAGCAGUUGCAUCAUCUGUUAGAUUGACUGCUUGUUUACUGGUGAACAAUUUCAUUGAGAAUCAUUUUAGGAGGCUCGGUGGACAUUUUACGUAAGGCCUAGUAUGUGUCAGUGAAGUAACUCAAUCAAAAGUUGAAAAGUAAGUGGUAGGAUAUGUCGGUGCUUGGUAGCGGGGGUGAUCGGAAGUGACACGGAAAAGAGGAAACAGACUACCGGUCAACACAUGAGACCUGAUAGAUUGUGCCGAUGUGUGUGUAGCCUUGAGACACCAGCAAUCAGAUGCAAAGUGCCACUGACCCCUUGGGGAUAAGUGCUUGCUAAUUCUAGUGUCCACUUGACCAGUUGAUAGCUAUUACAUCACUGGUCCCUGGGAUAACGGAUUAAUCAGAGAGAUCACAAGCCUUUUGUUGCAUAGUUUAUAGCUCCGUUAUUGUUGCAAUGGUGAUAUGCACUUGAAGGAUAGUUCUCAUCCCAUGGUGUUUUAUCAUAUGGAUAAGGUGCAUUCUGAAGCUGAUUGUCUCAGUUUGGAAAAGACACCAGUGAUGUUGACAAGUUGAAUUCAUACGCUCCUCGGAUUGUUCAGGGUUGAUACUGACAUAUUUUCUGUUUACUUCGGUGCUAUUUUGCUUAGCUAGAUCACAGCUGCCUUUGGACUGACAGAAACAGGUUAUUUUCUCAAUGAAGUGUACAGACCCCUGUCAGCAAGCUGUCUCCCCUACACCUAAAGUCAUGUGUAGUUUGUGUAUAGAGGAAUAUACCGGCUAUGGCCCAGCAACUGUGAGGAUGGUGUCCAACAACGGCCCACCAUUACCGAUGCCAAUGCAGGUGCCGCCUGGUCACAUGGUGCAACAAAUAGUUGAUGAAUACGGAAUUUUAACACAUGUCAUCCUAUCUCCACAACCUCCAGUUCCUGGAAGCCCAAUGACGGGAGGACCAAACAGUGCAUCCCAGUAUUACCCCAACCCAUACGGGCCUCACUACACAACCCACCCCCAGUACACCACCCACCCACCUCACCACCACCCACAUGCGGUCCCCCCUCACAUGCACUCUGGGAUGCCCCACAUACAAACCCCACCCCAACACAAUCACUGUAACACCCAUGCACCGGUCCACUCCUCAGGACCAAGCCCCCCUGUCAAUUCACCAGAAGAUCGGAACAUGCGACAGAGAUCAAAAGUAAGGAAGAAACUGGAGAGGAGGAGGACGGAUGGCUACUACCAGCAGACCCGCCCACCCACAAGGCGGAGAGGAAACCCAGGGGUGAACGGAGAGGUCCAUACAAGCAACAGUGUGUCUAACAUGUCCACAUCAGAAAACGGGCCCACAGAAUCAGAGGAAGAUAAUUCCUUAGUCAUACAGGGUCUCUCAAAUAUGUCCCCUCCCAAGGUGACCGAUAUUGAGGCGAGAAGUGCCUUGAUACAAAUAUCCCCCCCAGAAGUAGAAAGUAGUGACAUUGAGCUUGACCAGUCCGAUUUUAAAUAUGAAUUACUCCUCUCAGAUAAGGGCCGUGAUACAAAAUACAAACCUGUCUAUAAGGGAGAUGCCACAGAAAUAACAUUAAAAGAUCUGAAACCUGCAACGGAGUAUCACUUACGGGUUUGCACUAUACUCCAUGAUGACCUCAAAGGUAACCAGACAGACAGCGUGAGCUUCCGCACAGCUUUCUGUGAACCGGAGGCUCCUCAACCGCCAAAACUUGUGUCAAAGACGAGAAAUAAUAUACAGCUGAAGUGGGCUGCUACCUGUGAAAAUGGAUCAAAGAUAUCAACAUACACGCUAGAGUAUGAUCAGGGUAAUCGGGAUGGGAAUUUUGUUGAGAUCUACAAUGGUCUUCAACGUCAAUAUCGUGUGAAUAAACUUCAAGCUUCCACAAGGUACACAUUUAGGCUUGCGGCAAUCAACAGUAUAGGGAAGAGCCCGUUCAGCGAGCCCGUGAGCUUCUACACGAGCGGGAGCAUACCAUCCCAACCUGACCCUCCGAUGUUGUCCGAACCCUUUGUCUAUGCUCUCACAGUGUCAUGGAUCAAGAGGCCAAAUGAUGAUGAGUUUUUAUUACAAAUGGAAGAUGAAGCUACGGGUCAUGGUUUUUUGCCUGCUUACAAUGGUCCAAACCUUUCAUGUACAAUAAGGAAUCUUAGAAGGAAUACUGAGUACAAAUUCAAGCUAGCUGCCAAAAAUGAUGAAGGUCAAAGCAAGUGGAGUGAUAUAGUGGCCCACAAGACACUACCGGAGCGCCCCACUGCUCCACCUAAACCACAGAUCAAGGGAAAGAUAUUUGCUCACAGCUUCAGGGUCAUAUGGGAUCCACCUGGUGACUCGGGAGGUUCAGAAAUCACCAAGUUUGUUCUUGAACUGGAUGAUGGCGAAGGUUAUGACAUAGUCUAUGAGGGGUCGGAGAGGGAGCACAUGUUUGAUCAUCUCGUCCCCGGCCACACAUAUCGCGUGAGGGUCGCGUGCUACAGUUUAGGGGGUAGGAGUGAGUUUUCUGACUGUUGUAUGGCAAUUACACAACCAGUAUGUCCAGGACAGAGUCACCCUCCGAAACUGCAGGGCAAACCUAAAGCAACAUCCUUACAUCUCCGAUGGAGCUAUCCUAGCUAUGAUGGUGGUUCUUCUGUGACGUCCUACGCAGCUCAAAUGAUCACACCGGAUAACACCACCAGGGAGGUGUACAGGGGACAUGACCUCGACUGCAUCGUGGCAGGGUUGUCCCCAGGAAGACCAUAUCUCUUUCAAGUCAGAGCUUUCAAUAGGGCAGGGGGUGGGCCAUGGUCCGACCCCCUGGAAGUGGUGAGUGGAGCGGGAGUCCCCGACCCGCCCAAGGCACCCCAGGUUAACUGUCGCUCACCACACAGUGCAAUAAUCUCAUGGGAAGAGCCCUUCAACAACGGUGCUAUGAUUUCAGACUAUAGGCUGGAGUGGCAGCAGAGGGCUGACAACAAUGAGUUCUCUCAGUUAUACUUGGGUCCAAAUUUGAGUUACGAGGUGAAGGGUCUGACACCAGCAACACUGUACUCCUUCAGGGUUCAGGCAAUCAACAGUGCUGGUUCUGGCCUCUACUCCUCGUCCUCCUCGUGCGUCACACCUCCGUCUAGUCCAGCGUCCAUUGUUGCAAUCAAACCUUACAUCACAGCCACAUCUAUCAUGCUCAUGUGGCGGGAGCCCCAUAAUAACGGCAGUGACAUCAUCUCAUACAAUAUUGACAUUGGUGAAAAACAGCUCCUCACCAUCGAGCCUGUCACAGAAUACACGAUAGAAGACCUCCUGCCAGAGACUACAUACAGAAUUCGCAUCCAGGCCGUCAACAGCAUUGGGGUGGGAGCUUUCAGUACCCCGGUUAAAGUAACAACUAAAGCUUUGCCUCCAAAUCCCCCGAAGAUUGAGUGUGUCAAUGUAGCCCCCAACAGCCUCAAGCUGAAGUGGGGUGAUGGUCGCAAUCCAGACAUGAUCACUUAUCAUCUGGAGAUGGAGAAGGACGAUGGAAGUUUCCAAACCGUGUACAGUGGCCCUGCUCACAAUCACAAAGUGAACCGCCUGACAGAGCUGACGAGCUAUGAGUUCCGCAUCUACGCGUGCAAUGAGGCUGGACAAGGACCUGACUCCGACACUUAUACGUUCUCCACCACGAAAGCACCCCCGCCUGCAAUGCAAACACCGGCAGUGAGCAAGUUGAGCCUGACUAGCUGUGUUGUGGAGUGGCAGAGUUGCCGGCAGAUGGGCAGUGACACCAUCGUGUACCUCGUGCAGGUACAGAGGGUGGACAGCCACGACCACGAGUACAAACAGGUUUAUCGGGGACCAAACACGCAGUUCUUCAUAGAAAACUUGCAGCCAAAGUCGGAUUACCAUGUGCGCGUGUGUGCUAUUCGACAAUGUGACAGUGGACUCGGUGACAUAAUGGGUGCAUUUAGCCAAGGCAGGAGCUUCUCCACACUGAGUCCGCAACCCACCAAACAGGCCACAACUAGAGUCGAGAAUAACAGCAAACUAGCCGAGCCAAAGCCACUGACUGACCAGCAAUGGGCAACCAUUAUUUUUGUAGGCUUUGUGAUCGUAGCCUUCGUCAUUGCCUUUGUGACACAACAAGUGAUAAACAUGAGGCAUUCGAGCCGCUGAUGCUUGUUGUGGAACACAUGAAGAGGCAUAUGUAUAUGUUUCCCGGAGAGAGGAUCCUAACUGUGGUAUAGCUGAUGACCGGCAUCGUGUAGGGAACCAGCAGGCCCGACUGUUUCACAGAAUUUCAUCAUGUUUCAUUGAAAAGAAUUUGCUUCAAGUUUAGUGCUAACAGAGAAAAGAAAGUCGGAAGAGUAUAUUCAUGUAAAUCUCUAUAAGUGGUCGAGAGAAAAGGGAUCAGUACUAUGCCAUGGCACACACGAGAUGAAGAUAAUCAUUUGUUCAUGCCACUGAUAAUACCUGUUGCAUAACGAGAGACAUGACAGGCAGACUGCUUAGAUUUGAGAUGUGCUCCUAGAAUGAAGGGUCCAAAAUAUGCGUGUCUAGUGACAUUGCUUGCUCUGCGAGCUACAGUUCGUGAGGGGGGAACUAAUGGUGGGAGGAACUAUUGUGUAUAAUAUCCUGGGAUGUCGCCACUUUAUGCCAGCUGCUCAAGUGCUUAAACUCAAAGUCCAAAACGCAUCCCAAAGGUGGAAGCAUUUGGACUGCAGGGGCAUGAGCAGCCGAAUCUUGAGGACAAAUUGUUUCAAGAUGUUGUCGUUCGGUCAUUCAAUGUUGUUAAUUUUUGACUGUAUGUCGGCUGACUUGUGACACUUGCUGGUCUGAAACUUCGACCUAAAGCUGCUUUACGUAUCUGGGGAAAUAGGAAUUUCUUCCAUGACAUUGAAGGUGUUAUUAAUGACAGCGAUUCCUCAGUGGUCUACUGCUAUUCUGAUUGUUUUUGUUGUUGAGAACUGCAUGGUGUUAUACCGAUCUGCAUUUACAUUUCAUCAAAAGUUACACAUGAAAAUAAAUGGAUUUUUAUGUACAUAAUUAGAGAUGCCAAGAUAAUUUUAGCCACUUCCUGUUUCCAUCUGCUUGUAUUAUGUGUUGGGGGGUAUCUUUCCUACACAUGUGUGUACAAUGUAUAUUAUCCAAACAAGUAAUUUUAUUUUUGUCCUACUCACUUGUUAGAGAGAUAAUGUGUUCACAAGCUAGUCAUUCUAAUAUUCUUGUUAUAUGGUGGUCCGAGCCCCAAAAUAUGGCUGCCGUUAUUGUACAGAUCAACAAAUACUUAUUUUCAUUCUAAACUAUAAUUGUAUGUAUGUACGUAAGUAUGUUAUGUGUGCAUGUGUAUCAGCGAGACUCAUCGGUCUAAUUGCUUAAUUCACAAGAAAAAAAAUCUGUCAAAAACAUCUCAAUGUUCUCACAAUUUUGCAAAGCAUUGGAUGUGUUCAAAUGGUGCUGUACUAUUUCUGUAGCUGACAAUACAAAAUCAUACCUUAUGAGGAAGGCUCUGACUCGGGUGAGUAGGCAUUGGAUCGUUGACCGGUGGUGGACGGGUCAAGCAGAUGCAGGUCGCCCAAGCCCUGGGAUGGCCAGGUCAUCGACCUGGGCGUACAGCAACUUGGGUCAGGGCUCUGCUUGCCCUGUUCAGUCAUGAAGGCAUUGUGUAACUAAAUCAAGUAACACAGUGGAUAUUUUAUGCUUAAUAUCUGUGGGUAUAAAGUCGGUGUCACCACUAGGCUCUUGUUUUAUUUUAAUGUAGAGUUGUAUAGCUUUAUUGGUACUUUCCUUGUUGAAUUUUAAUAAUGCAAACUGCUUAAACCAGAUCCCCUGUGUCGGCAUGAAGCUCCUGGUUAACAAUCAAGCAUGCAUCAUUCUAAUUCCCCUAGGAAGGUUGAUUAGAAAUGUGCAUGUGACAUCUUGUUGACAAAUAUUACUGUUGUCUGACAUAAAAGGAACAGAACUGUUACCAUGGUGAUCUGUCAUUUGAUCCAUCUUCAUAGGGAGGGUUCCAUUAUGUCAUUGAAGAAUCUACUUAUUCAGCUUAACAGAGUACUGGGUUUCUGCCACAAGGCCUCCUCUUCAGUCAGUGGGUUAGUCAGAUGUGGAUUUAUGACUUCAAACUCAUCAGUCACUUUGAUAGGGACCAAAGGAAUAUAUAUAUAUAUAUACACAGCAGGAAUUGGGUGACAUUUAUUUGGUAUUUUUUCCAUGUUAGUGGUCAUUCCUGUUAAGUCAUAGAAGAAAUGGAAUGAAGACUUGUUUCUCACUUGAAUGUGAUUAAAAUUUUAAAAGUGAGAACACAAUUAAUGUGAAAAAAUGACAAAUGAAUCAUUGCUAUGGACUUUGACUGAAGAGGUCGACUUACGGAAAUCUUAUUUUGUUAAGAGGGAGUACACGAAUUUUUAGAGGUUUCAAACUGGUAUGCCAUCCCCUGGAAGGAUGUUUUAACUGAUGAAUCUCUUUUAACAAUGCAGCAAUUGUGUUAAAUUAUUGUGAUAUUGUGUUGUAAAUUAUCAGUUCAUGGUUUCAUCUCAUGCUUUCGUUAUGGCAUGGCUAUUGUACAUAAUCACUGAUAUUAUUUUUUAUCAUUAAAUACAUGGUGAUACAUUCUCAAAUAACCAUAAGUUUUUGUUAACCAUUCUUGUUCUAUACAUCCAUACACUGAGACUUUUCGUUAUGUACUUACAUAAGUCUUUUGCAUGCCUUGCCACUGUAGUAUUUUCAGAUUUGCCUGAUGUUUUCAUUGUUGAACUAAGUCUGUAAUACAAGGAAUAGGAAAGGUAAACAAAACGCAUUAUCAUUUGGAUGUUGAUAAAGUUAUCUCUCCUGUAUUGUGACCAAAGAAGAAAACACUGACCAAACCCAUGAGAUGUGAUUGAACACACUGAUCUACCAGAUCAGAAUCUAGUCAUGAAAAUGUCAAAAUACUAACCUUCCCCUCCUACAUCCAAGUGUACAUACAAAUCAUGAAUGUUCAGACAAGCCUUGCAGCAUAUGUAAUCCCAUUCAGGUUCAGAGGCAUGUAUUUCCUUGCCAUUGAAGGCUUACGUGUAUUAUUAUUUGUAAAUGCCAUAUAUAUUGUAUUAUCACCUGCAUCAUAAGCACAUUGUUCAUAUAACAGUUUCAAAGCAAGUAUUUACUUUGAUAUUGUUAGUUUGUUUAGAUUAUGAAGAAUAAACAUUUCAGAUGCACACUUCAAUGCACAACUGGUGAUUUCUGCUAAUGUUGAUUGCCUCAUUACCAUGACCCGUCACAGAUUUUCUCCCUAUAAGAUUUAGACUUGGAAAGAAAGGACUAUUUUGAAACAAUAGCUCUUAAGACAAACGUUCAUGGUAAGAUGUCCUGUGAGAAACAGUCCUUUCGUAGAUCACUUGUAUGGGAAUAGAAUGUUUUGGGUGCCGUCCAAAAAUCGGAGUUCUGCUCAUUGGUGGAACAUUGAAGGUUUGUUGGAGUUCUGGCCCUUGAUCAGUUAGGAGCGACGCAAUAUAGCAUACAGACAUCAGCCAAAUUUCAGUUGACUUGUAAACAUUGCAUGUGACUAAUCAUUUGUAAAAAUAAAUAAAAGCUUUGGAAAAUCAUUCAUACAAAAUAUUGGACUAGAAGGUUUUGGUCACUGGGAAAUGUGAGUCAACUUGCCUGAUUCAAGUGAUCAUCAAUGUGUACAUGUAACACUGUAUUAGUCUUUAGUCUCAUCAAUGGCUGUGGUCACCUGAACAAAAUGGCAAGCAUCAUUUCCAUCCCAUGCUACGGGCAUUAGUAUUCCUUGGGUUUUUUAUGUUUCAUUUUUAAUUUCAACAUUUCCACAAUUUUACCCAAAUGAACAAAACUGAAUCUUCAAUUUUGCUGCAGUUGAGAAAGGGAUUAAUAAGGAGAAAUGGUGAAAAUUGUGGAAAUGUUUUGUACAAAGGACCAGUUUUAUGUAAUCCAUUUAAGGUGUAGGCAAGCAACUUGGUGCUACUUUGCACCCAAAUAGUCUCUUUAUUUGUGCAAUCUUCCUCAUCAGUAGUUUCUUCCCCUGAAGUCAAACCGUUAUGGUUUGCAAAAGAGAAAUCACUGUUGCAGUUACAAACUAGUAUGUUGUGUUAUAAACAAGGGGAUGGCAUACCUUUGAUUUUUAAACUACCCAUUGUAUAUACAGUUCAAAGGGUUUGCUCUUUGCUCGUUGAUAAUUUUAGUGGAUUUUACCCUGCAAAGUGACUGUGGUUAUUCUGAUCUAAUAGUGUAUUGCUCAGUAUUUUAACACCAGUAUGAACUUCCCUAAAAAGGUGAUAAAAUAUGUAUGGGCUAUUGUCAUAUUGAUCAUUGUCGGCUUGUUGACAGUAGAUGGUGCAGAUACAUAUUGCAGAUAGACAUACCUAACAUAACUGUAAGCAUGGCUUCAGCUGCUGAAGGAAUGAUGGCAGUGGUUUGCAGGGUAAACUGCUGUUUGGGCCAAAAUGAAUUACAAUACAGUGACUCCAUUUGGUUACAAUUUCAUUUACACUAUUUUGAGAACUCCUAAAUGCAAUUGUAUAACUUAUGGUAUAAACUAUUGAACUGUCAAUUAACAUUGUAGUCCUCAAAAUAGUCACUAUAUUUAUUCUGUGAUGUUGGGUCAUAAGUAAAUAUAUAUAUUCUAUCAAUAAAAAAGAAGAAAGUUG